AUGAUUCGAAAAACGCAUGUGCUAUGGAAAUGCAUUUCACCAGCCAUAUUUUCGGAAGUGGGGUUCCAUUCAGCUAAUGGAAGCAGGUAUUCAUGGAAUUCACUGUGGAUGUCCAGCAGGCGGUGUUCUAGUGAACCACUUUUCAAGGUUCGUAAAAAGAUUGUGUGGGACGAGUUAUUUGAACAGCAGACGCCAAGUGAGCCAGAAACAUCCUCCGCCCUUAAAGAAAAUGAAUCAGAAGAGUUAAUCGAUUUGAGUAACACAGAUCCAAAAACUCUCGCUGAAGCAACUAUUUUAUACCAGUUACGCAUCAAAAAGAUACAAGAGGCGUUACAGCAAUUUGAUGAGCGAACAGAGCAUGAAAACUUUUUCAAGAAAUUCAAUGAAAAAUGGAAAUUAAAGAUGGAACUCAGGAAGGCACGAUCAGUACGACCUGAAGAUCAAGUUACAUAUACGAAAGAAAUGCUGGCAAACUUGGACCAUUCUGCUGCCCAGUUGUAUUUUGAUUGUGCUAAUCGAUUUCCAUAUUUGAAGCUUUGUACCGCGCUUUGCUUGCCAGACUAUCUUUCAACAUGGUACAAGCUCACCCUAAUGCAUACCUGGAUGUUGCUUGUUCGCUUACAGUCUGUGUUAGAAGCAGCAGCUUUUACCAGAAUUAGAAAUAGCGUUAUCGAAAUUAUGUUUGGUGACAUUGAUAACCGUCUAAGAGUCGUUUCGGAAGAGUUGGACGAAAUGUUGUACCAUAAAAAGGACAAACGUCGUAUGGCCGGUUUGUAUUUGCAAACAUUUUUCGAAUAUGAUGAGGGAUUUCUAUCCGAUGAUACUGCACUAGCUGGUGCCUUAUGGCGCAAUCUUUACAUGCAACGAUCCAUAGAUCCAAUUCAUCUAAAUCGAGCAGCGUAUUAUGUGCGCGGAACGAUGGCAUACUUGGAUAGUCUCAGCUUGGAAGAGAUCCUUCUACAGGGCAUAAAGAAUUGGAAAACAGCACGUCCUGAUAAAAAAUCCAGUGAUAACGCUUUUGACAUGGCUGAGAAUAUAGCUCAUUCUUUACUAAAACAAAAAUAUAAGCAUACUUAA